AUUUUCUUACCUGGAAGUCCUACUCUCUUUGAUCCGACCGAACCUGGGAUGCGUAUCGCCUAUGAUCUCUCUUUUGAAGAUAUGGAUCUUGUGUGUAGCACAGCACAAACGCUAUUGCGAGUCAUUUGUAACGGCGGACAUGCUGCAGUUUUGGGAACGGACCCCAGUAAGAUUGGCAUUGAUCUCAGUAAGGAAGUGUCUGUAUGGAAUGGUGUAGCAGUGUCUCCUCUAGAAGUUGCUUAUACGGAAGAUUGCAUGAAACCAAAGUUCUGCGAGGCAGAUGAAGCGCUGGAUCAAGAAGUUGUGAAAGCAUGA